UCCCUUCCUUUCUCUGCCUCAUUCACUGCUGCAAUGUGAGCAGACAGAAUGGGGCAGGUCGCAUGGAAAGGCUUGUUCCUGUCACUCUUUGACUAUAAGACUGAAAAAUAUGUCAUUGCCAAGAACAAAAAGGUGGGGAUCUUAUUCCGCAUAGUUCAGCUCUCCAUUCUGGCCUAUCUAGUGGGGUGGGUGUUUGUGGUUAAAAAAGGUUAUCAAGAUACAGACACCUCCAUACAAAGCUCUGUCAUAACAAAGUUAAAGGGAGUUGCCUAUACAAAUACUACUGAACUCGGGCCAAGACUGUGGGAUGUAGUGGAUUAUGUCAUCCCUCCUCAGGGGGAGAAUGUCUUUUUUGUAGUAACCAAUUUAAUUGUCACCCCUAACCAGAGACAAGAUAAAUGCCACGAGAGCUAUGGAAUCCCUGAUGCAGUGUGUACAAAGAACAGUGACUGCCCUGAGGGUGAAACGGUCAUUGCUGGCAACGGGGUCAAGACUGGACGUUGCUUGAAGUCGGGCGCCAUAAACACGACAGGAACAUGUGAAAUAUUUGCUUGGUGUCCGCUGGAGAAGAGAAAAAAGCCAAAAAUACCAGUGCUGGGAAAAGCUGAGAACUUCACCGUUUAUAUUAAAAACUCCAUCCGCUUUCCAAAGUUUAAUUUUUCAAAAACUAACAUUCUAAACACGGAAGAUGACUCAUUUCUUAAGACAUGUCGAUAUAGUAAAGAGAACCACUACUGUCCUAUCUUUUACUUGGGAAAAAUUGUCUCGUGGUCUGGAAAUAAGUUUCAAGAAAUGGCAAUGGAAGGUGGAGUUAUUGGCAUUCAGAUAGAAUGGGACUGUAACCUUGACCGAGACGAAUCUGAGUGUCAUCCGCGAUAUUCAUUCACUCGCUUGGAUAAUAAAUUCACAGAAAAAUCUGUUUCUUCAGGAUACAAUUUCAGGUAUGCAAAGUACUACCGUGAUGUUAAUGGAUCAGACUACAGGACACUGAUAAAGGCUUAUGGUAUUCGCUUUGAUAUCAUGGUGAAUGGAAAGGCUGGGAAGUUCAAUAUUAUACCAACAAUCAUCAAUAUUGGCUCUGGCUUGGCACUGAUGGGUGCGGGAGCCUUCUUCUGUGAUUUGGUCUUGCUGUAUUUGAUCAAAAAGAGUAACUUUUACCGAGACAAGAAAUUUGAAGAAGUAAAGUCAUCUAAGAAAACCUUACCAGUCAAUGGCCAAAAGAAAUCAAAAAGCCAUGAUGCCAUAGACCAAAUGAAACAUUUACAGAGUGUGGAGACCUAACUUCUGACACAAGGGAUGAACUUCCUAAAUAUAAGAGAAGCGCCUGUCAGAGAGGCAUCUAUGGGAGGACACAGCAGUCUACUGAUGGGGAACAUCCAUGAACCUUUAUUUUCUCAACUACUGCUUCUAAUAGCCAUCAUGCUGCUGUGAACUGGCUACAUGAAGAUUUCCUGCAGCAUGAACUCUUCAUUGGGUUGUUGCAUUACUGUUUAUACCAGUCAACCAUUUUGCUGCCCCUCCUAAGCACUUUGACAUUCUGGUCCAUCAUGUACCGUAUUCUCCUGCUGUUCUAAUGCUCUGGAGACUCAUCAAAAAGACAGCAAUGAGCUACAUUCACUGCUUUGCAGGUAGAAGACAGUGUUGUUUUCUUGACAUCUUGAUGUGAUAUUUUUAUAUACUCAACAUUAAAAUUUCAACACCAAGAUGGAAGAGUCAUGAGAUUAUAGAGGAUUUUAAAGGAUGAAAAAAUGAAAACAAAAUAAUCAACAUUAUUCAGCAUCGAGUACAAGCACCAUGUGCAGCAAUACACACACACCCUGGCAUACUGUCAAUGAGGUUAUUAAUGGUUGUUUGUUCUGCUACGCUAAAUGCACUUGGGCAUGCAAAUCAUCAGAUCCGUUGCUGCCAGCUCCCUUUGCAAUGUCCCAAAUGUGGUCGACAGGAGACAAGUCCCAUGCUGCAGGGCAUAGUAGUAACAUGCAGCCUGGUGAAAAACUGCUCCUGGAAAACUUUGGAGAAAUGGCCACACAACUAGUUCCAUGACCUGUAACACCAAGCUGUUAGUAUAUCUGAAAUGAAGACCAGAGGGGUACAUUAUGCCACCCCAGACCAUAAUCCCAGAAGGAAGACCAAUGUGAUGUUCUCUUGUGAAGGCCUCUUCAUGGUGUUGUCCAAGUGCUCUCCAGACCAAAGCAGGACUCAUUUCAGCCUUCAUUAUGCCGUACACCAUGUUAGCCUUUAAGAGCAGUGACGUGAGGUCAGUGGAGCACCUGUAGCUUAAUGUGUGACUCAUGGCUCAAUGUUGUGCAAAAGCCUUCUGAUGGUUUGUGUAGAAACUGUUUUCCACCUUAGGCUUGGGAUGUGACAUCCUAUUUCACUUUCAGUAUAGAAUGGAUCACUACGUGCCAUUUUGUGCACUUCUUGUUGUCCUUCCAGUUCAUUGUUGUUCUCUCAACCACCUGGACAUGCAACUUUGAACAGUGCUGAUAUCAUGGCACAGGAGCGUAGCGACUUGCAGAGUGAUAAAACCAAGAUCUAUCAGCUAAAGGAUUCAGCCCCUCAGUUUGUGACAAGUGGUGAUAACUGUCACGUCAAUGAACAGGAGACAGCUCACAAUCAUCCCACUUGACUUGAUCUGAUUUUUGAGGUUUCAUGUGGCUAAAAUACCUUUGCAUCUAAUCUGGCUUUGAUGCCCCUGCCAUAUGUCAGAUUGGUGCUAGGUGCUUGAAAAUUUGAUCUGCAGAUCUUGGCGAUGCCUGAUACUUCCUCGUUUUGCAUAACUUUAGGGCUCGUCCUUCUUGGUGUUGCAAUUUCAACGUUGAGGAGUGUAUUUACGUCAUGGAGCAUGCACUGGAUCUUACGUUGCAUAGCUAUUGUUUAACCUGUUCAAUAAAUGGGAAAUCAGUACUUUUGAAG